UGGCUCCUGUCCUGUUGGUGGGUAAACAACUGCUUCAAGAGCUGUGUCGUGAAGGAACCGAUUGGGAUGACCCUGUUCCAGAUCAUAUUAGGAUCAGGUGGGAGAAGUGGAGAAACGAACUCUGUUUACUCAACGACUUCAAAGUGCGAAGAUGUUUCAAACCAAACGAUUUUGGCCCGGUAAAAUCCACAGAGUGUUCAUACAUACGUUUAGUUAAUGUACACGAAGAAGUCCACUGCGAACUCGUUAUGGCGAAAUCCCGUGUCUCUCCCCUGAAAACCAUCACAAUACCCCGCCUCGAGCUGACGGCAGCUUUGGUAUCAGUUAAAGUCAGCACCAUGCUACAUAAAGAGCUAGAUUAUAACAACAUCGUCGACGUAUACUGGACCGAUAGUAAGGUGGUGCUCGGCUACCUUAAUAACGAAACUCGACGAUUCCACGUUUUCGUCGCCAACAGAGUCCAACAGAUUCGUGACGAGACAUCUCCUGAACAGUGGCGAUACGUGAAAAGUAAAGAAAACCCAGCAGACGAAGCCUCUAGAGGUCUAACCGCUCGAGAACUUCUUGAUAGCGAACGUUGGCUUUCUGGUCCGUCAUUCCUCCAGAACCCUCAACUCGACCUUGUGGAUGCCGUCGAACACCCGCUGUCGCAAGACGAUCCUGAAGUCAAGAGAACGGUUCUUGCUACCCAAACGUCGAUCGACAAUUUCCUAACGAUUCCUGAGCGUCUAGAGUACUUCUCCGAAUGGCAUCGCGCCAAGAGAGCCAUAGCGGCGAUCAUGAGAUGGCAACAACGAACGAAGAGCAUUCAUCAAGACGACAAGAAUUCUUCAAAGACGAACGUACCGCAAUAUCGAAAGGUAAAGAUCAUCGUGAGUGAUCCUUCACUUUCAAGAGAAGGAAAACGUGUUCGAGCAACGACUAUUCUGGACAGACCAGUUCAUAAGCUGGUAUUACUUCUGAAGUCGAACUCUGAAGAUACAACCAAUGAUUAAAGAAUCCCCGCCGAAGAGCCUUGUAUGGAACAUUUAUUAACUCUAUUAUUAUAAAUUGUGUUUAGCUACAAUUUAGGGGAGCCAUGUAACUGCGGGCUCAUGUGUGCGACAUGUUCGUGGGCUCGAAGGAUUGAAAAACUUUUACUCGAAGAACGUUUAUACUGUUAUAGAAAGAACUCGAUUUUACUGAGAGAAACUUUAGAUAUAUUUUAGUUGUGCGUGCUCGCCAAGAGAGGAAAUUCGGUCAGUCUCUUUAUAUAUGUAAUUGCUUUGUAUUGUUAUACUUCGUAGCUUAUAUUUCCUUAUGUAUUUCGUAUGUUUGUUAUCUGUAGUUUUACGUCAAGUUAUCGUGAUUAAUAUUAAAGAACCAAAUCUACACAUUGCGAAUUGGAUGUAAAUUUAUCGUGCGAAUCAGUAUUAACUUACUAGCUUGUCAGUAUUCAAACGAACAAUGUCGGCAACGAGCAGGCACAAAUUGCGAACAUUGCGUGCCGGGAGUUAUAGUAAAACGAAACUCUACGUAUAUGUACGAACAGCAAGUCAGAAACUAAAGAUAUUCUACGUUGGAAGGUCAGCAAUCGUUUAUGUACUUUACCUUUUGCAUCUACUUGUAAAUUUGAUAUUUAUUGAGCGAAAUUCAUCGACAUAAUUACAAUUUUUGCGAAUUUGUGUUGACCACGCUUGUUGUUUUGGCGCCAUUUUGAACGGUAUCGGAAAUCGACGGUUAUUCAUCGGCUCGCGUUCGUGAAUGUUGCGUAACUUUGAGAAAUACGAAAAUCCGUCGCGAAAUAUUGAGGGAAACGACAAAAUGGACGAAACCAGUGGAGAAAAUGUAGAAUUAACUGAAGAUAAGUCUUUACCGCAAUUGCAAAAUGAUUUUCAUGCAGCUUCAAGGAACUGGAGAAGGCAAAUUAACAAUCUGAACUACCAACUAGUAAAUGAUAGAAAUAUAGAAUUACUGGAGAAGGGCUCCCAAGCAUUGAUAAGGCUAAUGCGUGAACUAACUGAAGCGCAAGAAAGACUAGAUAAGACUCUGGAGUCAGAAAUGGAAAGAAUAACUGUAUUCGGAAGAUUCGAGACAAUGAGUCAAGAAACCAAUCAGAUACUUAAAGAAGUGGGUGCGGUUAUAUGCGACCUAAAGAAAAUUGACGAUGAUAGAUGUUCCAUGGCGUCAUCAAAAUAUAGCCGAAAAUCUGGGAAAAGCAAAUCAUCUCGUCAUUCUACUAUGAGCACCGCUUCGUCUACACGACAACGCAGACUUGAUUUGGAAGAAGAAUUAGCAUGCCUUAAGGCUAAAAUGAGCAUGGUUAAGGUAAAGGAGGAUUUGGACAUAGCGAAUAGAAGAGCUCUGGAGCAAAUUGAAGAGAAAAAGAUUGAAAUUGAGCGAGAAGAGAAAAGGGUGAGAGAACAGAUAGAAAUGGCCACCGAGAAAUAUGAGAUCUCAAAGGAGCUAGCUGAGAAGAAGGCCCGGAUCAACGCAUGUAAAAGGUUUGAAGAAGAAGUUGGAAUGCCUGACUUCGGGGACAAUGAUCAGAUUAGCGUAGAUGAACAUAUUAAGAAAUUUCUCGAUUCUCAGCCGAACUUGUCCAGUAACGAAGCCCAGACCCGUGAAGUAGGAAAUCAAGCUGUUCCUAUAGUCGUUAAUGAUCAAGAGCCAAUGGCAACAUUCCAACUCAAUCCCCUUGCACCUACCUAUGCCAGUAAUGGGCAAGUCCAUCAACAUACUACCGUACAGAAUUCAACGCCCCUCAACCAUGUGAACCAAUCUUCAACUGCCAUUGACGACAACCUCGGAAACCCCAACCUAGUCCAAACCCAGCUGACUACGAUAUCGAAACUCUUAGAAAUCCAGAAUCAAAGUAGACUACCUUCGCCAGAGCCUGGCGUCUUUUCUGGCGAUCCCCUGCAGUACCCAGUAUGGGCGAAAGCCUUCGAAACGCUAAUAGAAAGUCGUGCGAUUAACUCUGCGGAAAAACUGCAUUAUUUGGGAAAAUAUGUUUCUGGUGAAGCAAAGGCGAUUGUCGAAGGAUUUAUGUUACUCGAUGGCGAUGACGCUUAUGAAAGGGCGAAGAAACAGUUGUCAAAACGAUUUGGAAACUCAUUUGCAGUAGCAUCUGCAUUUCGUAAAAGGCUUGACGAAUGGCCACAAGUUGCACCAAACGACGGUCAUGGUCUUAGGAAAUACGCAGAUCUGCUCGUCCAAUGUGAGAAAGCUAUGGAGAGGAUAAGCAGUUUGAAAGUUCUCGACGAUGAUCAGGAGAAUCAUAAGAUGAUGUCCAAGCUACCAAGGUGGGCUGCAGUCAGAUGGGGAAGAUUGGUGUAUAACUGGAAGGAAGAGAAAGAAAGUUUUCCUCCAUUCUCAGAGUUCGUAAAAUUCGUUGUGAAGGAAGCUGACAUAGCCUGCGAUCCAGUUAACCUUCGAAAGAUCGGUAAGGACGACGAUUCCAAGCGACCAAGGAAUCAAGUUUAUGGUGCGUCAAGAGGCAAGUUUCCUACGCAGUAUGGAGGAAGACCUAGAAACACCUUGUUGACAAAGUCGAAGGAAGACGACCCUAACGACCACGAAACAACGAAAGACGAAGGCCCAGCUGUUAAUUCCUGCAUUCUCUGUAAGGGAGCUCACGAACUUAAUUCAUGUCAAGAAUUCUGCAAGAAGGACGUAAAGGAAAGAAAAGAAUUCACCAAGUCUAAAGGACUUUGCUUCGGUUGCCUAAAGCAAGGCCACGUUUCCAAAUAUUGCAAGAAAAGAAAAACCUGCGACACAUGCGGAAAAUUACAUCCAACAUCUCUUCAUGGAGACGUUAGAAAGGAGACGAACGAUAAGAAAGAUUCAAACCCGCCAGGAGAUCCUGAUGAAUCAACGGUUCGCUGUACCAAGACGUGCUUGAUGAACAAUGGGUAUCAACACCGAAUGAGUUCUAUGAUCGUACCCGUAUGGAUCAGUCACACGGACAAUGUUCAAGAAGAGAAACUUGUGUACGCCUUAUUGGAUGACCAAUCGGAUACAACAUUCAUCUCGCAAGAAACGAUGAACUGUCUUCAAGUCAAUGGACCUAAGACACAACUUUCUCUAUCCACUAUGCACGCUGAGAACGAACUAGUUCCUAGCCAGAGAAUCAAGGGCCUCGUAGUGAGCGACAUAAACCGUAACACAACUAUACAGCUUCCAACAACUUUCUCGUGUGAGUCAAUACCAGCGAAGCGGCAACAGAUACCAUGUCCCGAGAUGGCUCAGCCAUGGCCACAUCUCGACAGCAUUGCCCAUCAUUUAGUCCCUCUGCAGACAGACAUCAACGUAGGACUUCUCAUUGGCUCUAACUGUUCGCAAGCGAUAAUGCCACGUGAAGUCAUUCCUGGAAAACCGAAUGAACCGUACGCUCAAAGGACCGAUCUUGGAUGGGGAAUUAUUGGCAAUGUUGGCGGAGCAGUAGCGGAUGAGGACAAUGUUUCAAGCGGCGUUGCAAAUCAUAUAUCGACAGAAAGCAUCCAAUUCCUCAACGCGUCUACACAGAGGACCUGCCACUUUGCAUUCAAGUCAAGCGUCAAGGAGGUUAUCAAUCCUGUUCGGUUUCGAGAAAUGUUAGAAUCGGACUUUUCGGAAAGAAGUUCAGAUCAACCGAUGUCACAAGACGACAAGAAAUUUCUGUUAAAAAUGGAGCAAGGCGUUCGCCAACGUGAGGACGGACACUAUGAAAUGCCCCUACCGUUUCGAAAGGACAGCCCAGUUUUGCCUAAUAACAAAUCAAUUGCUUUGCAUCGCUUAACCAAGCUUCGGACUCGCAUGGAAACCAACAAGAGAUACCGCGACGAUUAUAUCACCUUCAUGAACGAACUUAUCGAAAGGAACUACGCAGAAAGGGUUCCCGAAAAUGAACUUGCCAACGAAGACGGCAACGUAUGGGGUAUAUCCCACACCACGGGGUAUACCACCCACGAAAACCUGAGAAAAUACGAGUAGUAUUUGACUGCAGCGUAAAUUAUAAGGGAGAAUCACUCAAUGAUUACCUUCUACAAGGUCCGGACCUCACAAACCAGCUCGUGGGUGUGCUCUGCAGAUUCAGGAAAGAUUCUACAGCCUUUAUGUGCGACGUGGAGGCGAUGUUCCACCAGUUCAAGGUGGUGGAAGCUCAUCGAAACUUCCUACGAUUCUUGUGGUGGGAAGAUGGAGACACCUCGAAGCGGCCAAUUGAGUAUAGGAUGACCGUUCACCUCUUCGGUGCGGGCUCAUCGCCAGGAUGUGCAAACUUCGGUUUAAAAAGGAUCGCAGAUGACUACGAAGUAGAGUUCGGAAGCGAAGCAGCCAACUUUGUAAGGAACGACUUCUACGUCGACGACGGACUGAAAUCGGUCGACACUAUUGAACAUGCCACUACUCUGAUCCAACAAACUAAGGAAAUGUGUGCGAAGGGAGGACUACGGCUUCACAAGUUCAUUUCUAAUUCGAAGGAAGUUAUUUCAGCAAUCUCUCAGGAAGACCGUGCCUCUACACUGAAGAACCUGGACCUUCAUAACGACCGUCUACCCAUGGAAAGAGCGCUUGGUGUCUACUGGUGCGUUGAGUCAGACACCUUUCAGAUGCGUAUCACCCUUCAAGAUACUCCUCUAACCCGAAGAGGCAUCCUAUCUACAAUUAGCUCGAUAUACGACCCCCUGGGAUUAGUGGCUCCUGUCCUGUUGGUGGGUAAACAACUGCUUCAAGAGCUGUGUCGUGAAGGAACCGAUUGGGAUGACCCUGUUCCAGAUCAUAUUAGGAUCAGGUGGGAGAAGUGGAGAAACGAACUCUGUUUACUCAACGACUUCAAAGUGCGAAGAUGUUUCAGACCAAAUGAUUUUGGCCCGGUAAAAUCCACAGAGCUUCAUCAUUUUUCCGAUGCAAGUGCAUCUGGAUACGGACAGUGUUCAUACAUCCACUGCGAACUCGUUAUGGCGAAAUCCCGUGUCUCUCCCCUGAAAACCAUCACAAUACCCCGCCUCGAGCUGACGGCAGCUUUGGUAUCAGUUAAAAUCAGCACCAUGCUACAUAAAGAGCUAGAUUAUAACAACAUCGUCGACGUAUACUGGACCGAUAGUAAGGUGGUGCUCGGCUACCUUAAUAACGAAGCUUGACGAUUCCACGUUUUCGUCGCCAACAGAGUCCAACAGAUUCGUGACGAGACAUCUCCUGAACAGUGGCGAUACGUGAAAAGUAAAGAAAACCCAGCAGACGAAGCCUCUAGAGGUCUAACCGCUCGAGAACUUCUUGAUAGCAAACGUUGGCUUUCUGGUCCGUCAUUCCUCCAGAACCCUCAACUCAACCUUGUGGAUGCCGUCGAACACCCGCUGUCGCAAGACGAUCCUGAAGUCAGGAGAACGGUUCUUGCUACCCAAACGUCGAUCGACAAUUUCCUAACGAUUCCUGAGCGUCUAGAGUACUUCUCCAAAUGGCAUCGCGCCAAGAGAGCCAUAGCGGCGAUCAUGAGAUGGCAACAACGAACGAAGAGCAUUCAUCAAGACGACAAGAAUUCUUCAAAGACGAACGUACUGCAAUAUCGUCGAUCCAACGUUGAAGAGCUUCGUCAGGCUGAACUAGCUAUCGUAAGGGCAGUGCAAGAGAUCUCAUUCUCGAAGGAAAUUCAACUACUGCGUAAUAUGAAGGAGAACAGUUUUAACGACAGAGACCGUAUCCGACAACGUAAGACUGUUAUGAAACAAACGAGUUCUCUAUUUCGCCUGAAUCCAUUCUUGGACAAGGAAGGAAUUCUCAGAGUCGGUGGUCGCCUCACCCGAGCUAGCGUCCCGUUUCAUGUCAGGCAUCCAGUCAUUCUUCCGCGAAAGGGACACGUAACGGCAUUAGUUAUCAAGCACUAUCACCAAAGAAUUCGUCAUCAGGGCCGCGGAAUGACCCUCAACGAGCUACGCGCAAAUGGUUUCUGGAUAACCGGCGGAAGCUCCGCGGUCUCCCGUCAUAUUUACGAUUGCCUACCGUGCAGGAAACUACGUGCCCCCCCCCAAGGUCAGAAGAUGGCGGACUUACCCAAAGACCGUUUAGAACCAUCACCUCCGUUCACGGUAUGCGGUGUAGACUACUUUGGCCCCUGGCGCAUAAAGGAGGGACGACGAGAGAUGAAGAGAUACGGAGUCGUGUUCACCUGCCUGGCGUCUCGCACGAUACAUCUCGAGGUGUCCAAGACACUGGAAACGGACUCGUUCAUCAACGUACUGCACUGCUUCUUAGCAAGACGUGGUCCCGUACGAAUUCUGAGAUCCGAUCAAGGCACAAACUUAAUGGGUGCUCGAAACGAACUACUCAAAGCAGUGAAAGAAAUGAAUCAAGACAAAGUACGAGAAUUUCUAGUUGUGAAGGAAUGCGACUGGAUAGAGUUCCAGACGAACGUACCCACGGCAAGUCACAUGGGCGGAGUGUGGGAACGCCAAAUAAGAACGGUGCAAAAUGUUCUCGAUGCCCUACUUGAUGAUCAUGGUACGCAACUAGAUGAAGAAUCGCUAAGAACAUUUAUGUGCGAAGCUGAGUCAAUAGUAAAUAGCCGACCACUUACUACUGACAACCUGACUUCACCUUACGGAACCGAACCACUUACUGUAGGAUUCAGUCCUGCUUCCGGAUUUAUUGUAUUUUAAUUUAGUAUAUAUGGUAAUUUAUUGUGAUUAUGUAACGCGUGUAGUCAUGCGUUCAGUACAUUUGAACUUCGUUUGGACUGCGAAAUUAUUUAGAAUCUAUAUCUAAGUCAACGCUAACGGACUGUUUCUCGUCUGAACUUAUUGACAGAAUUUACUUUACUCUAACAGAGGCAAUAUCUGUAAGUUUUAUUUCAUAUUAUGCGAUUAGUUCAUAGUGUAGUGUCUUAGUUUUGUAUGUAUUUGUUUUGUUUAGUCGAACCGUAUUAAAUGAUUAUUGAUUUUACCGUACGAGUUCGAAGUUGACCUAAAAGCAGAAGCUGUAGAACAAGAAGCAGACGAUUUGUUCCUACACUUACCCCUAACCACCUGCUCACCAUGAAGUCCCGAGUCCUUUUACCACUCCCUGGUGAAUUCCAACGAGCGGACAUCUACCUCGUGAAGCGAUGGCGUCGAGUCCAAUACCUUGUUAAUCAGUUUUGGCUGCGCUGGCACAAGGAAUUCAUGCUCUCCUUGCAACGAAGACAGAAAUGGGUACAUCCCCAAAGAAACAUGCAAGCAGACGAUAUCGUAUUGAUUAAAGAAGAAAACGUGCCAAGAAACUGCUGGCGGACCGCUCGAGUCAAAGAAGCUUAUACCUCUGAAGACGGACUCGUUCGAAAGGUAAAGAUCAUCGUGAGUGAUCCUUCACUUUCAAGAGAAGGAAAACGUGUUCGAGCAACGACUAUUCUGGACAGACCAGUUCAUAAGCUGGUAUUACUUCUGAAGUCGAACUCUGAAGAUACAACCAAUGAUUAAAGAAUCCCCGCCGAAGAGCCUUGUAUGGAACAUUUAUUAACUCUAUUAUUAUAAAUUGUGUUUAGCUACAAUUUAGGGGAGCCAUGUAACUGCGGGCUCAUGUGUGCGACAUGUUUGUGGGCUCGAAGGAUUGAAAAACUUUGACUCGAAGAACGUUUAUACUGUUAUAGAAAGAACUCAAUUUUACUGAGAGAAACUUUAGUUAUAUUUUAGAUGUGCGUGCUCGCCAAGAGAGGAAACUCGGUCAGUCUCUUUGUGUAUGUAAUUGCUUUGUAUUGUUAUACUUUCGUAGCGUAUAUUUCCUUAUGUAUUUCGUAUGUUUGUAUUCUGUAGUUUUACGUCAAGUUAUCGUGAUUAAUAUUAAAGAACCAAAUCUACACAUUGCGAAUUGGGUGUAAAUUUAUCGUGCGAAUCAGUAUUAACUUACUAGCUUGUCAGUAUUCAAACGAACAAUCUCGGCAACGAGCAGGCACAAAUUGCGAACAUUGCGUGCCGGGAGUUAUAUAGUGUAUUACGACAUCUGAAGAAGUUAGAAUGUUUAACUUCCAAUUUCCUCUGUGUAUGGGAGGCAUGGAUGACAGUUUACUGGAAUGACUCAAUGGGUUGGUUUGCAUACUUGAAGUGAUAUACAGUAUUUCAUGUAUUAUUUCUGCAUGAAAUUAAAUGUUAGUUUUAGAUAAUGCAAGAUAUUCUAUGUUUUGUUUGAAUUUCAAGGAAGGAUGCUGGAAGACUAUAAUGUUCCUGAAAGAGUUCUGUGUAAUGCGAGGCACAAUUGCAAUGGAACGUACCUGCAACCAAUCACAGUUGUUGAUUUAAAUGGUACAGUAUGCCUCUUCAUGAUAAAACAAAAUUAAUGGGAUCAUUGUAGGCUAAGUGAUGCGACAACUCAUGGUAUAGCAAACAUUAAAAUAUGACAAGUACAUAUACGAUCAUGCAGUCAUUCUGCAAGUACUAGCUGUACAUCAUACAUGCAGUAUUUGAGAAAUAUUAACUACUGGUGCAGGGUAUGUGAUGUUUUUAUACAGUAUUUGUAGUAAUUGUGUACCCUGGGCAGGGAGAGAAUGUUCCUGGUCACUACACUUACUGAAAUCCUGCAUAUCUUAAUUUUCUGCGAGCAUGUACCUUAGUGUAAGAUAAUUUGUAGACUAUACAUAAUUGUUGAUACCAGUCUGUAUUGUAGUUCAACGCAGUUACUGAGUUUAGCUAGAUUUAUUGCUUUAAGUCCUCACAAAGACAUGAUAUCGAUCGGCCUUUGCUUUCAAAUAUCAUAUAAUAAUUUUAACUUGGUCUUUACUUGUAUGUUUUUAUCGUGAAAUCGUCUUUGAGUAUUGCAAUUGUUACACAGUAGCAGAAGUUUGCUCCAAUGUGGUGUUUGACCUGCAAAUCCAGUUUAGCCUAGUGUGGCAUUUACAUUACAUUUAAUGGAAAUGACUUUGCAGCUUAUGAUGGAAUGUCAAGUUUCCAUCCAUGACAUGCUGAAAGCUCUGGACUUUUUAAAACAUCCAGUUCAAAAGGUGAGGGAAGAUGAUCUACAAUACAAAAAUAUGUCCUUGGAGAUGUUGAAAAUAUUUAGGUUGGGAACUUGGUUUAUUGUUAUAUAAAAUCAAUUUCAAGUACUUUUAAUUUGUUUAAUUUUGAAUUAAUUUGUUUGCUUUUGAAUUUUUUUUAUCUGAAUUAUGAAUUUAUUAAUAUGAAUUCAUAUUAAUAUUAAUUGUACUGCUUGUAUUUCUAAUUUGUAUAGGUAAUCAUGCGAUGGCGAGUACAAUUAGGGAUUAAUAGUACAAGUGAUGUUUGCAAAUUUUGCCAAAAUUGGACGAGCCGCCGGGGCGAGUCCAAUUUGGCAAAUUUCCAAACAUCACGAGUACUAUUAAUCCCUAAUUAAUACUACAAUUAAUGAAAUAAUUGUACUCCUCUCAACCAAUCAGCAUCCAGUAAUUUUGUCAUGCUAAUAAUAAGUAGUCAAAGAAGAUAUAUGAUCAAUUUAUUGACAGCUUUGAAGAAUUCAGGUACCAGGGAUCAGACAUUAAUGAGCUAUACAUGCAGAAAAUGUCAUCAUAUUUCAGGUAGCAAAGAAUUGAUACCUUCACCCACUCUGAUCUUUUUGGGGGAAAUAAAUCACCCUCACACCUAUUUUUGUAUGACAUCAUGAUAUCUUACUUAUUUUUGAUUGUAUAAAAAUAUAUGCAAGAGUCAAAAUGACGGAAAUGGAGUCUUUUUCUAUCGGUUUGACUCUCUUCAAUUUACAGUGUACAAGUACAAAAAUAGCUUAAAUAUAAAAAAUAUGUGAAUUACAGUAUAUUAGCUUAAAUGCAUUGUACUUGUUAAUCAAUCUUUACCUGUAAAUGUCUUAAGGAUUGCAGUGACUUUCAAGCAGGAUCUGAAAUCAGAUCUAAAGGAAUGUAUGAUGCUCUUGAUGACACGGCUGUAUGCGAACUUAGCCGUAAACAUGCUGUUCCCAUGAAGUUUCUAAAUUUGAAAGGAGGAGAGAGGUACUGAAACAGUAAUUUAUACGUUAUUUCAUUUACUUACACUGUGUUAUUUAUAUCACGCCAGGCACAAGAACUUUCAAAAUCGAAACGCUCACACGUCAGCUGUUUUGUUGCAGAAAAUUCAAUAUAAUGGCGGCCUGGUAACAAAUUAAUCUGCUGCGAAAAUAGGUUUUGUUCACCCCCCUAGAUUUUGAUCGAGGUUUGGUUGCUAUGGCAACGAAAGCUGCCGGAUUCCGGAGAGAAAGGUCUGUCGUGUGGUGAAAAAAAUCAAUAAAAUCGGUCAAGUAGAAGAGUUGUUAUGUGUAUUUUAGUGUUGGAGGAUUUAGAAAAAGUGAUAUUUAAUCGUAAUUUGGUGAGUAUGUGCUAUUUUGAGGCUUGUUUUUUCUUCGGCUGUAUAACAUUGUUUUCUGUGUACAUAGUUUUAAAAUAUGCUUCGGUAAUCAUAUGACAAUUAUAUGUUUUUUUGUUUUUGUAGUUUGUUGUAUUUUUGUUGGUAAAUUUGAUCGACUUGUCAGAAAUGCCUGCUAAGAGACAGCGCUUCGAAAUUGGAGCAAUGAUGAAAGCAGACGUUCCAACUUGACAAAAAUUGGGAGAUCUGGUAAAGGCAAGAAAACGUUAACUUUCUUUCAGAAGCACCAUUUCUUGAUUCCGAGACUCGUGAAUACAACAACUGUAAAUUUUUGCCUUUCAUGCGAAAUAUUCAGAAACUUUGUCGUACAAAGUUUUGUCAUACCCCUCUUGGCAGGCAGGUAUAAUAGUUGGAUCGGAUCGCCAACCCGCGUUGGAUCAGGUUGGAUCGUGCAGGUAUAAAAGUCGGACCCAAUUGUGGUCCGGGUUGGAUCAUGCAGGUACAAAAGUCGGACCAGAUCCAUAGAUGACCGAAUCGCUAGUCCGGAAUUAAAGGAAAUAAAAUAUUGAUAAGGCAGUUCAAUGCAAUAAUUUUCAAAAAAGUGGUCUAAAAAUCUAAUAACAUAAAAUGUUUUACCUUUGUCGCCAUCCAUUUUGCAAAUUUGCCACGCUGUUUCAUGCUGUGUAAAUAACGCGGGAAAGAAUGCAAACUUCCAUUUGUGUAAGUAACAUUUCCCUGAAUAUCCUGAUAUUUUCUGAUAUUUCUAAAUUUUUUAAAGAUCCGACCUAAUCCGACUUGGUCUGACCUGGACCACAAUCCGGUCCAACUUUUAUACAUGCCUCCUCUUGGCAAAAUACCGCUUUUUUGUCGAUCCGACAACCGUUUUUACCAUACGUGAACAGCUUUUACAAGAAUUCUUUUAGAAAAAGUAACAUUUUUUCUUUUCAUUCAUAAAAUCGCAGGGUUUAAAUAUAAAUCGGGAGAUUUGCCAAGAAAUCGGGAGCCUCUCGAUCAAAUCGGAGGGUUGGAACCUUUGUGAAAGCUCGAAAGGAAGCCAAACUUCAGCAUGAUAAAAUCAUCUAGCUAUAAACUAAGCUAGCAAAAGUUGAAUAGUGAACUAGGAGUUCUUUUAUAAGACCUGCUGUCAUUGACAAAACAUAUUUUGCAUGAAAAUUAAGAUAUUUUUCACUUUCUGUUUACAUCGAUUCAAUAGAUAGAGAAAAUUGUCAAGGAUGUAGAACAGCUCAAAAAUAUAGGAAGUGAUCUUGCAGAGCCAGCUAGGAAGAAAAGAAAGUAUUUGUCAGCUAGAUCCAUAGGGAAUAGAAAGAAAAUGCCAACAACUUUUAAAGAUAGCACAAUACAGAUAGGUGAGAAGGUAGCUAGGUCUCAUAGGGAGGAAACAUACCAGGCUGCAUCAGAAAUACAUGGUGGGGGGGGGGAAGGGGUGUAAAUCAGCAGAGGUUGGUUUGCUUGAUACAGUUGAUGCCAAAUGUAGUAAAGCAACAUUGGUUGAGGUUCUUUCUAGAUAAAUUUUAAAAAUGUGUUUUGCCACAGCUUUACAAAGCAAUCUCUUAAAGACUUCGAAGGUUCAGAAGAAAACAUGCUAACGAGUGCUGCCGUUCAUUAUGGUGGGGGCAUUAUGGGGAAAAGGAAUUAUUGUCAAGUGUACAGGGAUGUAUCCUUUCAAAAAUUGAAUAACAAUAAGAAAUAUGGAAAGCGCAUUGCUAUAAACAACUGCCCUAUACCAUUGCUUGUGCCUUACAAUAAGUUGAUGCCCUUUGUUAAGAGCAUAAAUAUUGGCACCAUUUAUAGCACCUAUGACACAUUAUGCAGUGGCCUUCAAGAAGAUGAUAAGAUACAAGGCUGCUAUAGAAGUAUCAAGGAAUUACUAGUUAUGCUAGCUGAAUUUUACCUAGUAUUCAGACCAGCUGACCUUGUUUGGUUUGAUGAGGCUAAUAAAUUUUAUGUUACUUUAGGUGGAGAUGGUGCACCAUUCG